AUGCCAGUUCUGACACGCCUUAUCGAUGACAUAGAAAGUGAAGAGUCCGAGAAAAAGCAGUUGAUAGAGCGAUUUCAGAGAAUUGUCGGUGCUAUCGUUCUUCUCGCCGCUCCGCUUCCCAUCCAGUCGCUUUCAAGACUUCUGAUUGUCGAGACACAGCUGCUUCGCACACAUCUAGACUCAUUUCGAUUUGUUCUCAGCGUUCCCAUAGCUAACGAGUCGGACAGACCAGUCAGGAUUCUCCAUCUGUCCUUCCGAGACUUUUUAGUCUCGUCCUCAGAUGAAAACUUCCGGGUGCCUGCGAAGACCAAGAACAGUGAGAUUGCGAAACUUUGCUUCAAUAUGAUGAAACUUCAUUUGAAAAAGAACGUUUGCAGUUUGAAAAGUCCUGCAGCCAAGAGAGCGAAUAUUGAUCCGCAACCUAUUCGUUAUCUGUUUCCUGCAGAGCUAAGCUAUGCCUGCCGCUACUGGGGCACCCAUUUUGAGGGUGGGAUAAUUUCUGAGAGUGAGGCAGCGGAACUUUUGUUGUUUCUGAAAGAGUAUUUCUUGUAUUGGGUCGAAGCGAUGAGUCUGCUGGGGAUUGCGAUGGAGACAGUGGGGGCCCAGAACUCCCUGGAGCUUUCGGCCUUCCUACAUGAUGCCAGCCGAUUCGUUCUCAGAGUUCGCAAUGUGAUCGACAAAACACCUCUUCAACUCUACUGUUCGGCUUUGAUAUUUUUUAUCCCAGGGGGUAGCUUCGAUGCUGAAACUCGAAAUCUUUCUCAAGUUCAAGAAGCAUAUCGCUUUGCUCUUCACUCUAAGACAGGGAUCGAAAAGUAUCCACUUCAAGUGUAUAACUCUGCACUGGUGUUUAGCCCCACCAGUAGUAUAACUAAGAUCCAAUUCGAAAAAGAGGGACCGGUCUGGUUAACUGCAAAAUCAGCCAUGGAGGAGAAUUGGAAUGCAUGUUUGCAGACCCUCGAGGGUCAUAGGGACUCGGUCAGUUCGGUCGUUUUCUCCCAUGACUCUAAGCUCCUCGCGUCUGCUUCAGACGAUACAACCGUCAAGGUGUGA